CCACCGCACACCACUGGCUUAAUUACCUCGGGUACUGUAGUUGCCGUUACUUUUGCCCCUUGCGUCAGUGGCAAUGUCAGCAAAGAUGCAAUUUGUGCUCAUCAACUAACAAGCUGAUUUCGAUGAUGAUGCAUGAAUACAGCAACGUUCUGAGUUCUCGGCGAACCAAUUCACAACAGGUUAUCGAUAAAUUUAAACGCUUCCUGCGUUUAAAAUCCAGCCAAUUAUUUAUAAUUGCUGCUUCGGUCCUGUUAUCCCUGCUGAUAACGCUAAUUUGUGUUGGACUCACGAUUCGCUACGAGGUCAGCAAUGAGGUGGCCAAUCUGGGCGAUGUCGACUAUUGGAAGGAUGCAGUUUCAGCGCAGCAGAAACUCUGGUACGACAAGGGCAUUGAGGAGCUGAAGGAUGCAAUGGCGAUGCGUACAUCAGAAAGCCAGCCUAGAAAUAUUCAGAUCUUGGUCAUCAAUGGCAUCGAUGCUCCAGCUUUGGCCAACGCACGCUUCUCCAGCUCACAACCCUCGAACUUUGUCUGGGAUCGGUUUCCGCAUGUGGCAAGGAUCAAGAACAGCUGCAGCCACAGCUCGCCCUGCAAUGCGGCAAACGUUAUUAAGGCCAUCUGGACAGGUGUGCCGCUUAAGGCAGCACCCAAGCUGGACAGCAGUUGUGGCCACAAUGCGUCCCAUGCUGGACAGCUGCUGAGUGUGCUGCGUCUGGCACAGCUGGCGGGCAGGCGGACAGGGUUUGUGACAAACCAAAGGAUAACUGGCGCCACAGCAGCUGCACUGUAUGCGAAUGUGGCACAGACCAGCUGGGAAUGCGAUGGACUCGUGCCAGUGGAUGCCAUUGAGUCGGGCUGCGAAGAUGUCGCCCAGCAAUUGAUCUCUGGCGAGACUGGACAAAAUCUCAAUGUGCUCAUCGGCGGUGGCAGGCAGCUGCUGAGUGCCAAUGUGUCCACAUUUCCUUAUGAUCCCCUGGAUGAGCUGCUGUGCCGUGCCAGAAGUGGACGCAAUUUACUGCGCGAUUGGCUGCAACACAAAUUGAAACUUAAGCCGAGCAAGCAUUUUGAGCUAGUGCAGCGGGAAGAGCAGCUCAGCACGGUAAAUGGCAACAGCUUGGAUUACUUGCUGGGCGUUCUAGCCAAUGGAGAUCUGAGUAGGAAUUCCCAGGCGCCAUCACUGGCCAUAAUGGUCGAUAAGACGCUGCAGGUGCUCCGACGACCAGUUGUGGGUCAUCUGCUGAUUGUGGAGCACUACGUGCAGCAGCAGGGGGAAGCCAGAGUGAAAGAGCUGCAGUUGCUCAAUGCAACCCUGGCCAAUCUGCUCGGGCCGAAGGAUACAUUGACCUUGGUGCUCUUAACCAAUGCCAACAAUCUCAGCUCAGCUGAAACGCAGAUUGUAAGCACUUUGCAGGAGGCUUUCGAUGAGCAAGGAUCCCAUUUGCAGCGCCGAAUGCAACAGAUGCCCUCGGAGAGUCUGCUAUUUGCGACGGGACCCAAAUCCUCACUGUUCUACAGUGUACACGAGGAAACCUACUUGGCACAUGCUCUUUCCUAUGCCCUGGGAAUGGAUGUAUUUGGAAGACAACUGCAACUUUAAGCAGCAGUUUUUCUAUUUUAUUGUUUUAAGAUAAGAAAUCUAGGGGAAUAGAUCAUUUCUCACUUCUCAUCUACUUCUACACAAUCUGAUUACAAUAUUCAACUGAUAAAACUCGAUUGCAUUGAGAAACUAGAUAAGUUUCUGAUGGAAUUUCUUAGCUCUGAUUUUGAACACCUACUAUAAAAAAAGUGUGUAGAAAUUGAUAUUAAUUAACUGCAAAUGUAUAAUGUAUAAUACUAUAUUUA